GGCGGCUUUUUGGAUAUCCUGGAUAGCGGUGGCAGCGGCGGCUGUGGUGGAAAACUUUCCAUGUAGUCUAGAGUAGAAUUCAAGAUACAGACAGUACCCAGCAACUCGAGACAAUCCUGAUAAAUGUAUCAAACUCCAGCAAUUUGCACUAAAAUCUAUAGAAAGCUGGUUUUCUUUCUUUAGCCUCCUGUCGCCUCCGUCAUGAACAUGGAGUCCAAAUAUAUUUUGGAGAAAUCGUCGGUUGGGACGAGGGUCGGCGGGGCGGAAUUCAACUGCCGGCCAGGCCGCUCCGUGCUCCGCGACACACGGGUCCCCACGGUGGAAAAAAACGGUUCCAUGCCGGCGUACACACACAGGCCCGUGCUUUACAAAUUUGUAAUAGACGGUGGCUCGGCGGCGGCGGAGGUUAAAAGCGAGAGAACCUCUCCGAGAGGGAGCGGGCUGUCUCCGGCUGGUCGAAUAUUGCACGACGUGGAAAAAACUGGUGUGGGGGACCAAAAAGACACUGGUUUCACUGGGAUCCUGAAGAGAGCCAGUCCCACUCACUGCCCAGGCACAAAUGGACAGCUGCCAGGUGGCUUCAUGCAUUUGGACAUCAGAAACCCAGGGAAACCGAUGGAGCUGGCCAACAACUUCAGGGCAGCACAAGGGCAGCAUGUACCACAGACAGAGAGACAACCGCUCGCCUCCUCCCACAUCCCUGUACCCAGAAGCAGGAAGCCCUCGGAUCAUGCUGAUAAGGAGGUGAUGGCUGCCACCGUUCUGACCUCACUGUCCACAUCCUCUUUGGUGCUCUACCCUUCCUCUGCACCUACAGUCCAGGAGACAGCCAAUAAGUCUUGGAAAGAGGUGCUGUCAACUAGCUACAGCAGUUCGACCAGCGGCAACUGGAGCUGGGAUGCCAGUGACCAAUCAGUACCCUCCACACCGUCCCCACCACUCACCAAUGAUACCAACAAGAACUUCCUGCUCUCGUCCCAGGCUGAUGAUGUCAAUGAGGAUGUCACAGAGAACACGCACUUCAUGUUUGAGGACCCCAUACCUCGGAAGCGAAAAAACUCCAUGAAGGUAAUGUUCAAGUGCUUGUGGAAGAACUGUGAAAAAGUCCUCAGCACCUCCUCAGGGAUCCAGCGACACAUCCGCACCGUCCACCUGGGGCGAAACAGUGACUCGGACUACAGUGAUGGAGAGGAGGACUUUUACUACUCAGAGAUCGAGGUCAACAUGGACAGCCUAACAGAGGGUCUGUCCAGCCUCACACCCACCUCACCCACCACAGCUGGUCCUCCGCCCAUCUUCCCUCCACCGCUCACCGAUGUCCCUCACUCCGAGCACAUCAAUAUGAAUGGUUCGCAGAGCCACGCCCCUACAUUGCUCAGUCAAUCAGCUCCCUCCACACUCUGUCAUAUCCGCACUGACCACGCCUACCAGGCCACUGCUCCAGUGAGUAUCCCAGUGGGUCCUGAGCUGGCUGGGAUAGGCAGUGGUAAUGGGAUCGGGCCUGGAACUGGAACUGGGAAUGGCAUCAGUGUGUCGUGGCAGUCACCUCCUGUCAUUUUUAAAGGCGUCCCGGGGCCUGUGACUCAUGUUCGGACAGUUAGCAUCGGUGAAAAGCGGCAGCCAGCAGCCAGCACACACACCACUGUUAAUAAGAGCCACACUUUAAUAACACCGGCAACUAAAUCCACACCAGGAACCAGGAAACCCCGUGGGGAGGCGAAGAAGUGCAGAAAGGUGUACGGCAUGGAGAAGAGAGAAAUGUGGUGCACAGCCUGUCGCUGGAAAAAAGCCUGUCAGAGAUUCACCGACUAAUCCAGUCCCCUUCCCCGGUCUGUGAGAUGAGCUCUUCCUCACUCGGAGUGACAGCAAGGUGGACUCUUCCACCGACGAGAUGAGGGGAGAUUUCUUUUCGAUGGAGUUCUCGGUGCUGCUUCCUCCAGCCCAGCAGGGGAGUUCGCCUUCUCUCUUUUCCGUUUCCAAACACAAAGAGAAAAUAAAACUGGUUGGUAAAAACAAACAAAAACAUCAAGAAAAACGUUAUUUUAUGCAGGUUUUGAGACUUUUUCUAAGACUGAGACAUUUUCACUCUGUUGACAAAUAAGGAAAAAAAAACAAAACAUUUAAAUUGGCUUAUGAACCUUGUGAUUUGAUUCUUUGUUUUUCACUUUCUUCAACUCAAGGCGAUGUUUAAAGACUACAGAUAAGCUUUUUGGUAUACUCUGUUGUUCAUUAUAGGAGCAUCAUGUAAGCUACUGUUAAGGAGGUGGAUCAUGACACUUUUUGGAGGUUCAAGGGUUAACACCAGAUCUACUCGGUAUGAACUCUGUAGCAUAUCCGUUUCUCAUCGUCACUGUGUAAGGGACUUCAAACCUACCAAAUGCAAAAAGCCUGUUCGCAUACAACCAACAGUUUUGGUUAGAGCUCUGACAUCACCGUCUUCUGCAGUCUCACUGCAUGUCAACCGCAUGUCUGGAUACAUAUUGUUCAAUAUCAAACAACUUGUUCAUUACACAAAUUCCACACAGCCAGCUGUACUUGUAGUUUUGCAAAACUGCACAAAACCCUUCACACCAAGUGGUACAAAAUGUUUUCCCUUGAUGUUCCAAAAUAUUUUCGAGAGAUGUACAAAAUAUAUGGUAUAUAUAUUUCCCUCUCUUCUUCUCUAUACCUUUACCCUCGAGAUAUGCACCUUGAAGAAAUAUGUCAUCUUUUAGAGUACCACUGUAACCCCCAGCGUAUGCCUACGACAGUGGAUAUCCGUUUCUUAUAUAGUUUAUUUUCAGCAGUGACUUGCUGAAGCAACUUGCAGUUGCACUGUGCAAUCAGCAGAAUUACAGCAUUUAAUAUUUUCUACUUUGUGGUUGUCAUUGAGUCAUGAGUUGAGGCAGAAAGACUCAUUAUUCUUCCUUUGACAGCUGAUGUUCUUAAAGAGAUUGUUUACCACAACGAUACGUGAAUGAUAACUGCCCUUUGAAACUUUAACUUACAGUCUGACUGAUGUAAAUUGUGUAUGUAAGUAUAUAACAUAGAGGUUGUAACCCAACAAUCACUACCUGAUAAGACUUCAGGCGUUCUAAUUCAUUUCUUACAGUUUUAAAUGGAGAGGUUACCCAUUCAACAGUCUUUGGAAUAAUUGCAAUUAACCAGCUUUAUAUUUAGAUGCCAGAUGUAACUUCGUAGGAUCCAAGACUUCCCUGUCCCUUUGUUUUAAUACAUGCUGUGUUUAAUCCUCGAAAUUUAUCUUUCACUCCGGUGUAACAUUUGAAAAUAGAUUGUGAGAAUCAAAUCGAGUCAGUGCAGAGCGGGGGUGUCGGUGCUCGACUGUACACUGAUUCAUGAGUGUGUCAAGGUUUCUAAAAUGUUUUACCAAAAUGGAGUCUUACUUUUUAGGAUAGGCCUGUAAUAGUAAAAGGUAGGCCAAGGUUUCCAAGCUUUAGAUAAAAUGUAGGUGGUAGAUUUUUAGAUAGUUAGACACUUAAAUUUUUUGAUAUAUCCCUUUUUAAUGUGUUUUACAGCAUUAGUGAUCGUUUGAAGAAAAUCAUUCAUUUUACUAUUACUACUCUAUUUUGCUACCUGUUUAUUGAUAGAUAUAAAGCAGAAAGGAGAAGAUUUCUUUUUUAAAUUACUGUCCCUUCUUCAAAGUUACCAGACCUCUUGAGGGGAAAGCACUUGUAAUAGGCUUAAUAUUGGACAGCUUAGUGAUGAACUCUUAUUGUUGAUGUUAAAGCUCGAAGGACCAGACAAAAAUCAGUGGUCAUGGUUAAGAAUAUUUGAAAGAAUUCUUGCAUUCGAAGAUCCCCUGAAUAGUUUUAAUUUAUUAUUUUUCCCCCUUAAUAGUAAUGUGUAGUUGUCAUUGACUUUCUCUGAGUUGACUCAAUCUAUUUUUAUGUUAAAUGACUGAAAAAAAGACGAUGCAGAUUUUUUUUUUCUUUUCUUAGACCCUCAAUUCAGACAAGGCGAUACACCUCAAAAAAAAUUUAAAAUUACACAGGUAAUUUUCUGAUUUGCUCUCAAAAAUGUAGUGAAGACAGUAAAUGUAUGUUUUCGAAGUGAUUCACCAUCGUACUGUAUGUUAGCAGUUUCUUGAAUGUGGAUUCUGCUGUGUCCUCUUCUCUCUAUGCGCUCCUGACACUGACCUGACCUGAUCUCAGUAGCAACGUAUGACCAACACAGUGCCUGUCCUCUCCGAUAUUAACAGGCCAUCUUUGAGCAGGCUCCUUGAUUGAGAUACAGUGCGAUUUCAGACCUCUGUCGCCAUAGAAACACCUGUGCUGUCCCUCUGUUGUCACGGGCUCACGUGUGCUGUUGGAAACCAAGUGAAAGGCGACCGGUUAUCACUUCUCGAUGAAAGCUGAUGCCUGAGGUCAGAGCGCAAAAAACAAAAGCAUUAAGCACACAUGGUUGCUUUCAUAGUAGUUUAUAUCCCAUUCAGUUUCUGUAUUUUUGAAAAUUUAUGAUCCUCCCUGUAAAAUUCCAGUGACAUCCCAGAUAAGCUAAGGCCUCUUCCAGUCAGAAACUUCACCAACUUCACCAAGUGCCAAUUCAAAGAAUACAAAAAGGAAAAGGUAUACUGACCUAAUGAAAUUGCACUACGUUGCACUGCGCAAAGACAUGUUUUUAUACAUGGACAUUUUAUAUACACAAAUUUUUAAGUGAAAGGGUAUUUUGUUUUCAGGGGGUGGGAGGGAUAUCGUCACUGCCCGGUGGAAUAAAUGGGGUGUCAGGGAUGUGGGGUCGUGAACCUCUGGGGUCCCCCAUUAUUACCAAGCGAUCUAAACAGUUGAUGUCUUGCUCUUUGUGUCAGAUUUAUUGUACCAGACACAGCGGUGCUGGCAGUUUUAGGGAGUGUGGUACUGGAAGUACAGUGUGGUACUCAGUCAGUCACUUUGCCUUUCCUUGGACGAGUGCCAAGGGUCGAAAGCAGUACCAGCCUUGUCUCAGUGAUGGGAAAACACCAGUUUCAGUCUGUAACUACUCAUUAUCGUCUUGAUAACGGAUCUUUUACACUGUUUAAUUGCCUGGGUUUUUUUCUCACAAUACUCACAAACUUUCUAUCUGUAAUUUUCGGCUUUGUGCUUCCUUUACUUAAACAUAAAGAAAAAAAAGUUCUCGCUUCUUUACAUUUUACUGAGCUGAGGUAGUAGCGUGUACAUACUGUUAUUAGUGCUGGAUACCACUUUCAGUUUUGUUAGCUUAGUUUGGUCGUUGGUAACAUGUCGAAUGCAACCCGUUGAGUCUCUCCAUCCUCAGUGUAAGCACUUUUAGAUUCCACCAGCAGGGUUAGAGGUCAGUGCUUUUGCUGGCAGACAAUGGGACUUUUAGCGCAUGUUAAGCUAACAGGCUCAUGUGCUUGCCAGCUAAUAUUCCACCUUUUUUCAAAUUGCACUAAACUGGCCUGUGACGAUCAAGUCCUGCGGCUAUAUCGGUAAGCGUUUGGUUCUUUGAGUGCAGCAUGGGUCACCGUUGGCCAGAAAGAAGCGUGGGUACAAAGUUGCUCUUGUGUGCAGAUCUUUGGCGAGAGAGCUUUUUUGGUGACUUCUUUGUAGAAUAAAUCACCAAUUACAACUUUGACCUACAAAAUGGGGGAUGGAGAUUGAAGGUGACUGUUGAUGGGUGUGCGUGGAAACUUUUUACAGUAGAUGGACACGAGACAAGCAGUGACGAUAUAGGUGGAUUUGCAGUUUCAGGGCUUUCUUGUACAUAUGCAACAUAAAAAGAAACAUGAGGCUUUUUUUUCAUAUAUUGUUGUUUUGUUUGUUGUUGUAUCUCUGUUAUAUGAAAAGGAAACUUUUUUUACAGUACAGUUGCUCAGAAUAUUUUUCUUUCAUUUUUUUUUUAAAGUCGAUUGAGAAGCUAUAGUGAACAGAUUCAUUGUAUGUUGUAGCUUAGAGGCAAAGGGGAGAAAAACAAAACCUGUUGAAUGUAAAACCUAUAAAAAAAGUCUUUUUUUUGUUGUUGUUGUAAUAGUUGCUGGCUAGUUUGUACUGCCUGUAGUGAACCUGUAGUCGUCCUGAUUUCGGUAUCCAAAUUUGAACACCCACAGACAGCUGUCGCCACACUGCUAAGUCAUAUAAAAUAACACAACCGUGCAGUAUUGCUUUACUAUCUUACUUUGUGCAAUGAGAUGCUUUAAAAUGGAACAAGAACUAACUUGCUUUUUGGUGACAUCUGGACUCACACUCUUGCUGUUUUGUCUUUUGUCGAUCACCCUGCCAAAUGGUAACUUUUUCUGAAUAAGUGUGGUUAUCGUCGUUGUGGAUGUUGUUUGUGGUUGUGACAUUAAGUUGUUGUUAGGCAGGAUAAUCCUAGACCUGUGGUCACCAUGGAAAUUUUAAGCUUGUGGGAAUCUUUAUCCUGCCCUGCACAUUCCAACAGACAGCAUGCUUUUAGUGUCUUCCACUUGCUUCCUAAAAGACAUAUCCUUCCUAUUUCCUUUUCACUACAGAAACUCUUCUCUGAUCACCUUGUCCUUUUCCAUUUCCUGUUCUUGUGCUGUCCAGCUUUACUGUGGUCCCACCCAAGCCUUUACCCAGUAUAUUAAGCUAAACUAAACCCUUGAAAUGUGCAUCAAAAAAGCCUUUGUUUUUUUUCUUUCCAAAAAAAAAUGUCAAAAAUUGAUGUGCUGCUUUCUUGAAUGUCAGUUUUCGUUUGUUUGUGAAUCAGCAGCAGCAAAGCCAAUAGAUCUCCUUCCAAAAUAAAUGUAAUGCAUUGCAAUGGCAGCUCCACUCAGUUCUCUGCUUCUUCUACUGUGCUCUUAUUGUUUGUCCAGGCGUUUACCCUGUCUGUCACUUCUCUCAUUUAUGACCAUUUUUUUUCUCUCCUGUUGCAUUUUUACCCAGCCUUGCAGUGGCUGGUGUGAAAACCAACCUUUGCUUCUUUUAUUUCUCAUUCAUUGAUUGUCUGGUUGAGUUUGAGGUUGUUUUGCAUGUCUAGCAUCGCUCAUUUUUUUCCUAUUCUUUUUUUUUUUUGUUAGGAGAUACAACACUGAAGGGUUUUAUGUGUUCGAUUUCCCUUCUCAGUAUCCAGUAACCCAAAGCUGAUGUAGAUUGUUUUCCUCUAAAUGCAAAAAUGCUCAUUGCAGCCUGACAAACACACAGACACACAUACACACAUAGUGCUAAAAGCGUUUUGCGGGAAACAUUACAUCAGCCUUGGGUCUUCACUGGAGGGCAAGAUUUCUCCUGUGUGUGGGCUCGGCCUCUGGUCUUCAUCACCAGUCCCACACACAUGGAGGAAGCACUUUCUGAGGAGUGGUGCACUCAAGGAGUAUUUGUGUGAAUGUCAAGCCUAUGACUAGUGCUUGAAAAAGAUGGAUGACCAUGUAUGAUGCUGAUAAUGUGAUCUAUGUGAUGUAAUGUGAUGGAAAGAAAAUAAACCUGAAUGGAAGAA